AUGGUAGGAGCCGGGGAUCCCAGCCGAGGAUUGAGCAACGAGCUCUACAUCCUGAGCUACUGCCGCCCCCCACCCCUGCUGGACUGUGAUUCGCUACUAAAGGGCUGCCGCUGGGAUGGGCUGUCCGCCCCCCGUUUCCUGUACUGUUUCAGAUUGGCCCAGACCAUGGCCUUUGCUGUCGAGGAAAUUAACAGAAACUCCAUACUGCUUCCUAAUACAUUGUUGGGAUACAAUCUAUAUGAUAGCUGUGGAAUCCUAUGGAACUCAUUGAGUGCAGCUCUGUCUAUGAUUAGCGGCAGCGGAGAGCCAUUUCAAUUAAAUGAGAGCUGUUAUGGAUAUCCUCCUGUGCUAGGAAUUGUGGGAGAUUCUUCCUCAACACGUACUAUUGCUAUUUCUAGCUUAGUAAGCUUGUACAGGGUUCCAAUGGUGAGUUAUUAUUCCACUUGUUCCUGUCUGACUGACAGGGGGAGGUUCCCGUCCUUCUUUAGAACUAUUCCAAGUGAUGCAUUCCAGGUGCGAGCUAUGCUCCAAAUUGUCAGACGGUUUAAAUGGACUUGGUUAGGCCUGUUAAUCAGUGAUGACGACUAUGGACUCAACGUCGCCCGAUCCUUCCAGUCAGACCUGGCCGAGUCUGGGAGAGGCUGUCUUGCUUAUUUAGAGGCUCUGCCUAAGAGAAACGAUUUAGAUCAGCUGCAAAGGAUUGUUGGUAUAAUGAAGAAAUCCACAUCCCGUGUGGUUAUUGUAUUUGCAUAUGAAACCCAAAUGCUUAAUCUAAUGGAAGAGGUGGUGAGGCAAAAUGUUACGGGCCUUCAGUGGAUGGCCAGUGAAGCCUGGUCUACAGCUGUUGUUCUUCAGACCCCCAGCUACAUGCCUUUUCUUGCAGGCACUCUGGGCAUUGCCAUCCGCCGGGGAGAGAUACCAGGCCUCAGGGACUUCCUCCUUAGAAUACGCGCCGACAAUGACACACUCAGCAACCAGGACAACAAUUUAGUAAAACAGUUUUGGGAGCACAUAUUUCAGUGCAAGUUUGUAUCUCCUGGAACGGAGUUUGAAGGGCAGACUCAGGAAAAACUGUGUACAGGGAAUGAGAUUCUAAAGAAUGUAGACACUGAAUUCCUUGAUCUGUCCAACCUCAGGCCAGAGUACAAUGUGUACAAGGCAGUAUAUGCCCUGGCACAUGCCCUACAUGACCUUCUACAGUGUGUUCCAGGGAGUGGGCCUUUCAAAGGUCAAAGCUGUGCCCGUUUACAGGGACUAGAGCCAUGGCAGCUUUUAUAUUACAUGCAAAAGGUCAAUUUCACAACAGAUUUUGGUGAUCAAGUGUCAUUUGAUGAAAGUGGGGAUGUUUUACCAAUCUACGAUGUGAUGAACUGGAUGUGGCUCUCAGAUGGAAGCACAGAGGUUAAAAAUGUGGGUGAGGUCAAAGAAUUGGCUUCAGAAAUAGAUGAUCUUAUCCUUAAGGAAGACCAAAUCUUUUGGAAUUUUGAAUCUAAAAAGCCUCCCAAGUCAGUGUGUAGUGAGAGCUGUCCCCCUGGCACUCGCAUGGCCAUAAAGAAAGGUGAACCUGUCUGCUGCUUCGACUGCAUUCCUUGUUCAGAAGGAAAAGUUAGCAAUAAGACAGAAGAGUUUUGGUCCAACCCCCAACGUGAUCACUGCGAACCCAAAAUCAUUGAGUUUCUUUCCUUUAUAGAACCCCUAGGCAUCUCCUUGACCACUGCUUCAUUAUUUGGUGCACUUUUAUGUUUAAUUGUUUUUGGAAUCUUCAUCCAUCAUCGGACCACGCCAGUAGUUAGGGCCAACAACUCAGAGCUCAGCUUCCUCAUUCUGCUGUCACUCAAACUAUGCUUCAUGUGCUCCUUGCUUUUCAUUGGCCACCCAAGGCUGUCGACAUGCCAGUUGCGGCAAGCAGCCUUUGGGAUCAGCUUUGUGCUGUGUGUCUCGUGUAUCCUGGUGAAGACCAUGGUAGUUCUUGCAGUUUUCAAGGCCUCCAAACCAGGAGGGGGCAAUAGUCUGAAGUGGUUCGGGGUAAUGCAACAGAGGGGGACUGUUUUAUUUCUUACUUUAAUACAAGCAGCAAUUUGUACAACCUGGCUUAUGUCGUCCUCACCAACUCCUCAUAAAAACACACAGUACUACAAGGAAAAAAUAACAGUUGAGUGUGUAGUGGGGUCGACAGUUGGAUUUGUAGUUUUACUAGGCUAUAUUGGCUUACUAGCUAUUCUCAGUUUCUUGCUGGCUUUCUUAGCAAGGAAUCUGCCAGAUAACUUCAAUGAGGCCAAGUUUAUCACCUUCAGCAUGUUGGUCUUCUGUGCUGUUUGGAUAGCCUUUAUCCCAGCAUAUAUCAAUUCUCCUGGAAAAUAUGCAGAUGCUGUGGAGGUAUUUGCCAUUCUAGCUUCAAGUUUUGGGCUGUUACUGGCCCUAUUUGGACCAAAGUGUUACAUAAUUAUCCUGAAGCCUGAGAAAAAUAAUAAAAAAGCUUUGAUGGGAAGGGGCACACCAAGAUCAUAGUAACAUGGC